GAUCUAUAAAACCAUUCGGUAAGACAAUUGACAUCAAUCUGCACUUGAUCGUUCAGUAGUACUUACAAAAAUGUUCAGCAAAAUCGUAGCUAUCAGCGCCCUCCUGGCCGCGGCCAACGCUGGUCUCUUAGGCCACGGACACGCUGUCUCUUCCCAAAGCAUCGUCCGUCACGAUGAAGCUGUUGUGCACGGUGCUCCCGCCGCACACUACGUCGCUCCUGUAGCCCACUAUGCCGCCGCCCCCGUCGCCCACUACGCUGCCCCCGUCGCCCACUACGCUGCCCCCGUCGCCCACUAUGCUGCCCCUGCUGCCCACUACGACGGUCACGAUGAAUACGCUCACCCUAAAUACGACUUCGCUUACUCCGUGGCUGACCCCCACACCGGCGACCACAAGUCCCAGCACGAGAGCCGCGACGGAGACUCCGUGCACGGCUCCUACUCCCUGGUGCAGCCCGACGGCUCCGUGCGCAAGGUCGACUACUCCGCUGACGCCCACAACGGUUUCAACGCCGUCGUGCACAACUCCGCCCCCGCUGCACACCCCGCCCCCGCUGUGCACGUCGCUCCCGCUGUGCAUGUCGCUCCCGUUGUCCACGCCGCCCCCGUUGUACACGCUCUCCCCGUUGUACACGCUGCCCCUGCUCAUGGCUACCAUCAUUACUGAACGAUCAUAACUUAACAUAAGUGAAAACCAAUGAUUGUAUGUCUGUAAGAGUUUAUUUAUGUAUGUGUAAAUAUAUGCGAAUAAAAUGUAAAUAAAAAGAAUUAUGACUAUA